AUGACACUCUUGGACAUGGAAAACAAGGAAAGCAUUUUAGCAGCUCUGAAUGACCUUGUCCCCGAUGAUAAACCACCAGCAAUUUUAGAUGAAUAUCUUCGUGAAAUUGCAAAGCAUGGACUAACAUUUAUUCCUUGGAUUCAUAUUAAACCACUAAUUCUUCUGAAGUUCAAUCAUAUAAUGGAUGAGUUUAUCGAUGACGUUGAUGAAAAUCUUCACCAGAAUGUUCUGAGAUCUACCGAUGUUAAUGAUCUCAGAGAACGAGUUUACAAAAUACUCAGUCAAUUCGAAGGUACACCAUUUACUAUCCAACGGAUCUGUGAGCUUUUGUCGGAUCCUCGCAAACACUACUCUCGUCCAGAUAAAUUUCUUCGUGGUUUCGAGAAGGUGUGUCUAGUAGUUUCAACAGUAGAUGCAUAUGGAAAUAAAAUUCAUAAUGUUGAACCACGGCUGUCUGGAACUAUCGAAAGGUGCACAUCGUUUGUACUUAAUGGAACGUCUGGUGAAAUCGGCCCUAAUGAGGAUUCCCCGGGUGGAUCAAAACGGUCAGAGGAUGGUGAAGAAGAGGAUAAUGAAGAUUUAACAUCUCCAAGAAGACCCUGUAUCAACUUUUAUCGGCGCCCGACUUCCAAAUUAGUCGAAGGUCUUCAUAAAUCCUUCGGUGGAGAUAGUCUCAUUGGUGCCUACAGUCCUGGAAUUCCUGGGAAGCAUACACUUCAACGUCCGUUCCUCAGUGGUCGAGGCUCCUCGGCCAUUCCCUUCAGUACUAUCUUUGAAGAUGCUGAAAUUUCUUGCGCCGCAGCAACAACCGAAGAUGACGAUGGUGGUAAUAAUGACGACGAUAGGGGAGAAGGAGAGUUGAAACAGGAAAAGAGUGAGUCUGAUGGUCCCAUUUCCGAAGAAGCGAAAGCGCCAUCAGCGUCAGAAUCAACCCAACAGCAACGUCCACUUACUGGACUUCAAAAACUCUUCUUGGAGAAUGAGGAAGAUGACCGUGAUAUGCUGAUAUCUCCCGUCCCAUCGAUUGAACAAAUGUUACGCCCAAUGGGACAAUUAGAGGCAUUCGUCAAUACAAUUUCCAUGGUUACUGCUAACCCAACUUCCUCCAUAAGCCAUUCUGCUACUGGCAUUUCUGAAAGCUCACUGCCUAAAGAACCACCACCGUCACCCAGUUCAGAAGAAGAUGAGGCAACUUCAGAAAGUGAGGUGAAGGAGGUCGAAAUACCUAUAACUGAAAUCAAGCCCCCUAAAAACGAGGAAAGUGAAUGUAAGGAGGAACAGAGGAGGGACGCGGAAGAAGGAGAAACUUCCUUGAACAUCGAAACAGAGAAAGAUACGGCGAAGAUUUCACCCUCAUCUUCUGUUAUUCGACAGGCUUCACUCAAACGACGGGAUUCAGAUAUUCCUAGUGAAGACAACGUGGUUGUUAGCCUAUCUAGUCCUGCUAAGAGGAUUCGGCUUGAUACCGAACAGGAAUUUACGGAUAUUGGGUUUUCUGAAUCUACGCUUACACCAAUGGACUAUGGGGAAAAUGAGAAUCCGCAAGGCAUUUCUACUGAACAAUAUGUGUCUAGAGAAGAAAAUUUGACUGAAACUGAAUUCUCAAAUGAUUAUAUUCAGAGUUCUACUUCUUCGAAAGAGGAGAGGAAAAGGGAUCAAGAAGCUGAGACUUUCAGCACCACAUCAUUAGAACCUCGAGAUGAGCAAGAACGUCCCUAUGCAACUGUUGAUUCCGAUACUGGUGAAAAGGAACUAUUGAAAUGA